AGGAACAGCCAUUUUGUUGUUUUCGCGUUGAAAAUUUUUCGGCAUGAUUGAGACAUUGAAAAAAGCGAAGUAAUUUGGAUAUUAAAAGGUAGCAACUGCUUUUAAUAACCUCGAAUGCUUACUGAAUAUGCCAGAGCACGAAUAAGUGAAUACAUUUUGCCAGAAAGCCCAAAAGAUGAGCGGAUCCAAUGCAAAGGCGUCGGGGACUGGUUUCGGCAGCCACAUCCCCAGCAUCGAGGAGAAAAACAAGCAGAUCCAGCAGGAAACGAUGAUGGAGAAGCUGCGGGCCAAAUACCGGAGUAAGCCAAAGAGCUACGAGGAGAUCAAAAAGUCGGUACGGAUGUACUUCAUCGAGAAGCACUACCCACUGGACCCCGUCUGCAAGGCCACGCUGCAGUCGGCGCUGGACAAACUGCAGCACUACAUUAAGGUCACCUCGCGGCACGGGCUGGUGGAGCGCCUGGAGAGCCUCUCUCGGCAACUGGGCCUCAAGUUCAUGGAGGACCAGCAGUUGCUCUUCAUCUCGACGGACAUGUUCUACGUGGAGAUCCUGCUGGAUGCCGCCGGCAGCCUGUCGGACGUCAAGGUGCACCACGAGUGUAAGAUAGAACAGCAGUCCAGCGAGCUGGUGGCCUGCCUCAAGUCCGGCGACUUUGCCGACUUCACGGUCCAGCUGGAGGGCCUGUCCUCCAUAUACCAGCUAAACGCCGAGCCCAAGGUGAAGAAAAAGGCGUUUGUGGCGCUCCAGGCUAUAGAGACGGACAUCCAGAGCCUCUACCAGCUACACCUGCAGGGCCACUCCGGCGACGGCUACUCCGGCGACAGCUACUCCUUGAUGACCAGUUCCACCGUUGGUCUGGUAUUGCCUCGCCGUGGUGGGCAUCCCAUGAAACUCACAUACUUUUGCCCGCCGCUGCACCUCCCCGAGGGUGAUCCCAAACUGGCCAGCGGCGACUUUACCAUCGAGCAGGUGAUGCGCAGCAGUCACGGGCUGAGUGCCACUGUGAACCUGGAGGGCUCUUCCGCUAACAAACUGCAGACACUGCCAACGGUGUCCUUGGUGCGCGAUGCCCAGACGGGUCUGGAGGUUCCCACCUACGCCCAACUCAACCAGAACAAUUCGUUGCUGAUGCCAGCCACGUAUGUACUGCGGUUGAACAAGCCGAUGCCCGUGUGCUUGGAGUCCUUGAAGGCACUCGGACUGCCCGGUCUGGAUGCCACGGCCACACCUCCCAGCCCGCCCACCACAGUCCUCAAUCUGAUUGUACAGACUGCCUCCAAGCAGGCCAUUAGGAACACCCAGCGCGGCCUGUAUGUAAAUCUGCCCAAGGAGACGCACUGCUACUUCUUUACAGACAAUCGGAAACUGCAGGGCACCCUCGUAUCCUCCUUGCCUUUCACUGAGCCCGCCCAAGUUCCGCGGAUCGUGGCGUUCCUCAAGAAGCAGGCCCUUUUUUACACCCUGCUCGCGAGCUGUGUUCGCGAGCAGCAAAAGCAGUAUAAUGACAUGGACAGCACUGUGAUACUGGAGGUAACCGCCGUCUCCUUCAACCAGAUCACCGUUGAGCUUCAGCAUCCGUACGAGGAGUCGCUGGCUACGGUGGAUUUCUUGCUAGAGGACGGUCAGCCCACAUGUAGCGUAUACUGCCUAAACAAUGAGUAUGAGCUGCUGUCCCAAAAACUCACCCGCACCGUCCGCAAAGUGGUAUCCAUUCCGAUGGUGAUUUACAAGCUGCUAAAGUGCUGGGAUGAGGAGCACGAAUUCAAAUUGCAUGGCGUUAUAGGUCCUGGAGCCGGAUCUGCUGGCUUGGGAGCAAUUGGAGGUGGAGGCAUGGGAGGAGGAACUUCGUCAGGCGGCGGCAGUAGCUUCAAUCAGUUUGCAAUGGACACAGCACCCCCACCAGAUGGAAGCUUGCCCGGAGGUGGAUUCGCCAACAUAAGCAACCUCAAAAUGGACGCCAAGUCGCGAUCCCUAGCGGAUGCUUUUGCCGCCUCCACAUCAGCUGCAGCGGCUAUCGCUGGACUGAUCAAUCUGAAGCGCGAAACAGACCCCCAAUCUGGAAGUUCCACCAGUGGCGCCUCGGUCAGCGGUAUGUCCAGUUCCUCUGGCGCUGGUAAAACGAGCGAUCAUGACAUUGCUGACAAGUAUAAAAAUAUCUGGAAGGACAAGACUCCGAAUCUAAAGCACUGUGUCAGCAUCACACCCAUUCCAGGGGAUGGGAAGUCUGCGGGAUCAACCGGAGGAGUUCCCGGCGUUGAGGUUCAGCGCACGGGGGGCAUAGAGAUUAUCCCUCUGAACGCCCAGGCAACUGUCGGUGGGGUUGGGGCAGCCUCGUCCAGUGCCGCACCCACCACAAUAACAAUAACCCCUAUUACGGGCAAGGAUCUCAGCAAGGACUCGUCGAAAAAGAGCAGUUCUACAUCGGCUGGAGUAAGUGUGGCCACCAAGCGACCCCACGAAAGCAGCACCAGCGGCACCUCGACAUCUGGUGGCAGUGGUUCUAGCAGUUCCAUGACGUCCUCGACCAGCGGCAGCUCCUCGGAUACACAAAAGGAGAAAAAACGCAAAAAGAAGCGCGACGAUUCGCCAAUGGGACCACCAGAGAAGAUAUACUCCCGGCAAAACUCGCCGGCGGCUGGCGGGGAUGCUUCUGCGCCUGGUGGAGUGGUGCGAAAGUUCUCAUCGCCCUCUUCGUCGCCGAAAGCAGGUGGCGCUGGACAAGGUCUGAUGGCCGGAGUACCGACGGCGCGUCCCAGCCCCAAGCACUCGCCCGUCUACAGCAGUCCCAAACAUAACACCGCCUCCAACAGCCCGAAGUCGCCGUUUGGCACGCACUCGCCCAAACAUGGCUCCUCUGGCAAGCCGAGCAUGUCCACGUUGAAGAGCGCAGCCACGGCCGCCACCAUCCUGAGUCCCAAGGGGGAUAAGUCGGCCUCGGCUGUGGGGGUUGCAGCAUCGGGACCAUCCGCCUCAUCGGGACCUGGUGGAACGCCUGGUCUGGUGCGGUCUUUUGCCAGUGUCGGAGCACCGCCACCACCGCCGCCAAUCCCUCCAUUAGCGGGCGCGAGUGGAUCCAUGGGCGGCAACCAGAGCUUGAAGAAGGAGAAAUCCUCCGCUGGAUCUGGUUCCAGUUCCUCGGCAUCCUCAGCAGGUGCAGCUGUUUCCUCCGGCGGAGGCAUUUCCCCGGCCAGUGUGGCGGCUGCAGUGGCUGCCUUGAAAUCCUCCCAGCAGCAGCUAAAGUCGGUGGCCAGUCUCUCCCAUCUGGCGGUCGGAGGAUUGGGCAGCUAUGCGGCAUCCUCGGGAGCAGGCGGAUCGGCUGCGGCAGCAGUGGUGGUGGGAGCAGGAGCUGGAGUUGGAGCGGGGGCCUCCGGACUGGAGCUGAGUGCCCUGCGCAAGGGCAUGGCGGGAGGUGCGGUUAGUUUGAUGACGUCGACGGCAGCUUUAGCGCCAACAAUCCCGGCAGCAACAACAACAGUGGCGGUGGGAGCAGCGGCAUCGGCGGCGUCAUUGGCGCCUCCAAUCUCGUCGGGAGUGGGUCAGGGUCAGGGAACAGCGGCGGCGGCAACAGCAGCAGCGGCAACAACACUGGCAACAGCAACAAUACUGCAGCAACAGCAACCGCCGGGAGUAGCGGCAACUAGUAGCAACUUGACCACCAGCGGGGGCAGCAGCGACUACGCCGGAGGCAGCACUCCGGCCGGAGCCUCCACGGAGUACAUGGUGAAGCCCAGCAGCCAGGAGGGCCUCAAGCUGACCAUCAACAAGACGGGCAGCAGCAAGAGCUCCGUCUCCGGUUCUAGUUCCUCGUCCGGGGGCCAGGCGAAGGCCAAGAGCAGCAGCAGUGGUGCAAUGGGCUCCGCUGGGUCCUCCGGUUCCACAAAAAAGCAGCACACCGGGCUCAAGCCGGGCGUGAACAGUGGACCCGCUUCCAAGAAGGCCACUGCAGCAGCCUCGUCCUCAGCAACAUCCUCCAGCAAGCAUCUCUUCCAGAAGGCCAACUCAUCGGGCAAUCUCAGUAGCAAGCUCAGCGGAUCGGGCCCCGGCGGAGGAGUUCCGCUGACCAAAAGCAACAGCACCAACUCCUUCCAGGAGCACAACGCCCCCAGACGACGUCCCAGCAUGGGAGCCUUGGCCAGCGGGAGCAGUGCUGGUGGCAGUUCGCAGCGCAAGUCCACCUCCAAUUCUUUGGGGGCCAGUGGCUCCUCGGGAGCCGUCUCGCCGGCCCUCAGCGGCUCCAUGUCGCAGCCACCGCCCCGAUUCGAUCAUCAUACCGACAUGAUGACCAUCCUGCAGUACGCCUCUCCAACGAUGGCCGCCAGCAUGGAGGGCUUCAUCAAGGGACUGCACAACAAGUUUCAGAUACCGAAACUAUCGCAACGAGGAAGUGGAGCCAAUACGGCCAGUGGACGCAGCACGCCCAGUGGCGGCGCAGAUCUGGCUGCAGCGGGAACAUCAUCCUCGUUAUCUGGAGCUGCCAGCUCGACUGGAUUGACGGAGCCGGAAGCCAAGCCGCCGGCACCACCUCCUCCGCCCGGGAAUGAUGGACUGCUUAACCUGAGUAGCACGGCGGGAAUGCCAUCGGGGGAUGGCAUCGAUGAGGAGCUUCUGGCCAGCUUGGCUGGCGAAUGACAGAAGGUGGACAACCAAGAGAUAUUCCUGUUGCUCUAUGCUAUUUCGAUUUAAAGCUAACCUAGUGACUAAGUUAUGAAGAAUUAGAUGAAAGCCUUUAGUAACAUGAGUCUGGGUUUUGGGAUGCAUGGAUACUAAGAUUAUUAAUAAGUAAUUUCUGAAUUCCAUUGGCGGUCCCCAUUCGCACAAAGUCCUAAGGAAAAUAUUAUACAAUUUUAAAACACGACAGAAAAUUUGGUACAAAAUCUCAGAGAUUAUCACGUAUUCUGUGGAGUCGAAUUAAAAACAAAAACUCCCUAAGCUUUGGUUAAAAAAUUCACUAGGUAACCCUUAAGAAAAGCGAUAUGGUAUUGCGCGAAUAACAUCGCUCUAAAUAUUAUGUAAAAUAUAAUAAAUGUAUUCAAUUGGA